AUGCUGGAUGAAUUGAAGGUUAAUUUACUCAGGGCUCAACAAGUCAUGAAGGGGUAUGCCGAUAGUAAGCGACGGGAAGGACAAUUUGAGGUUGGGGAUUCGGUGUUCUUGAAGCUACAGCCGUAUCGCCAGAAGUCACUGGCCAUUCGCCCAAAUGAGAAGCUUGCGGCUCGAUAUUACGGACCAUUCACGGUAGUGGGGAAGGUGGGUAAAGUGGCUUAUCGCCUGGACCUUCCACCGACAUCCCGAAUUCACCCUGUGUUCCACAUCUCCCAACUCAAGAAGGCGGUGGGAGAUAUAUUGGUUAACCCCACAAUUCCGAUUCAAUUGACCCCUGAAAUGGAAAUGGUGACCGAGCCCGAGGCCGUUCUAGAUUCUAGGAAGGUGGCUGUGGGCAGGGGUGUACGGGUAGAGGUAUUGAUUAAGUGGCAAGGGCUGCCGGAAUUUGAAGCCACGUGGGAAGAUAGCAAGAUGAUCAUUGAUCGAUUUCCGGCCUUCCACCUUGAGGACAAGGUGAAUCUCGAGGGGGCGGGUAUUGUUGUGGAUCCAAACACAGGUCAACGAAUUCAGGUGUACACCCGGCGGCCGAGGCAACAACAGCAACAACACACAGGACAGCAGCAGUACACAGGGCAGCAGCACCAAUUCAGAGUGGAAGCAGACAGCAGCAACUCAGGGCACUAG